AUGCCCCCUCUAUUUGCCGCUUCCGAACUCAGGUACCGUCUCCGACUCGGCCCCCUGCGCCCGCUCAGUGUCACUGCCUCUCGCUCUGGGAAAAUGGCGGCUGACGGCGGCGGCCGCGGCGGCGGCGGCGGCCGCGGCGGCGGCAAGUGCACGGGGCCCGCCCGCCCCGCUCCGCAGGGGCAGAGGGGGAGGGGACGAAGCUGCCCGCCGCCAUUUUGCUUAUGGGCUGCCGCCCGUCGUUGCCUCUCCACGGAGGCUCGAAGACAGCCAACUGGAGGCAGAGCGGUCGACAGAAUCUCCGUCUAUUUCACAACAGAUGCAUUCAACAAUUCACCGAAGAUUACCCUACCCUUUUCCAGGUUACUCUUCACCACUCAGCUUGCAGAGCAAAGAGAAAUUUGA